ACUCCUUCUGUGCGAGUACUUAUUCUGACACCAACUCGUGAGCUAGCAAUUCAAUGCCAUAGUGUCGCAACUAAACUGGCAUCAUUCACAGACACAACACUUUGUCUAUGCAUUGGGGGAUUAAAUCUCAAAAAACAAGAAGCAGAACUUCGCACACGUCCUGAUAUCAUUAUUGCUACUCCAGGGCGACUGAUCGACCAUGUGCGAAAUUCACCUUCAUUUACUCUGGACACUAUUGAAAUUUUGAUAAUAGAUGAAGCCGAUCGGAUGUUGGAAGAUGGAUUCUCUGCAGAGUUAAAUGAGAUCGUAAAGAAUUGUCCAAAAUCAAGGCAGACAAUGCUUUUCUCUGCCACCAUGACAGAUAAUGUCGAUGAACUAAUUCGUCUUUCACUGAAUCGACCGGUACGACUAAUGAUCGAUCCAACAAAGGCAACUGCGGUAAAGCUCGUACAGGAAUUUAUUCGCAUAAGAAAACAUCGUGAAGAAGAUCGGCCUUCUAUGUUAGUUGCAUUAUGCAAAAAGACAUUUCGUCGUAAAGUUAUAAUUUUCUUCAAAAGUAAAGCUAUUGCUCAUGAAAUGAAGAUAAUUUUUGGUCUUUUGGAUUUGAAGGCUGCAGAAUUACAUGGAAAUUUAUCACAAGAGCGACGCAUGGAGGCUCUUGAGGCUUUCCGAGAUGGCAAAGUAGAUUUUCUCUUAGCUACCAAUUUGGCAUCACGAGGUUUGGAUAUUAAAGGCAUUGAAACUGUUAUAAAUUAUGAUAUGCCACAAAGUUACGAGCAAUAUAUACAUCGUGUCGGCCGAACAGCCCGUGCAGGACCAGACCGUAAGCUUUUAAAGAAAGUGAUUAAACAUGCAACUAAAAGCCAAAUCAGGCGACGUACUAUCGAUGCGAAGAUCAUUGCAAAAUAUCGCGAGAAAAUUGAUAAAUUAAAAAAUCAAAUUAAAGAAUCUAAACUAGAGAAACAAAAAUCUAAACUUGUUACAAAGGAACAAGAUGAAACUUUAGAGACAAACAACAAACGAAAACGCGAAAAAGCUGUAAAAUCAAAGCGUGAUAAACGCGCUAAAAAGUUAAAGUCGAAACGUUGA